AUGGCCACCCAAACCACAGUGCCGACCUUCCCAACCCUCCCCCAGAACCUCCUCAUUAUCUCCCUAAAGAUGUACUUCACCCCCGACCGCACCUUAAACUACCUGCGCGCCCUGCUCGACCCACAGAACGCCCUCCUCCGCCCAGAGUCCCGCUCCAAGCUCCUCCUCGCCCUCAUCCCAGACUUCCUGACCAUCUACCCCUGCGCCCAGAUCCUGAAGGAGCACUCCACCGCCAGCUCCAGCAACAGCAACAGCCCCAGCACCUCCCCCGCCCUCCUCCUUGGCGCCCAGGACUGCUUCUGGGAAUCCUCAGGCGCCUACACCGGCGAAGUCUCCCCGCAGUCGCUGCGUGCCGUCGGCGCCUCCAUCGUCGAGCUCGGCCACGCCGAACGCCGCGCCAUCUUCGGCGAGACUGAAGCCCAGACCGCGCAGAAGGCCGCCGCCGCCUGCGCUAGCGGCCUCGUGCCGCUCGUCUGCGUCGGCGAGGUCACCGCCCCAGGCCCCGUGGCCUCGGCGGCUGUCGGCCGCGCCGUGAGCGAGUGCGAGGCGCAGAUCCGACCCGUGAUCGAGGCGAUCCCUGCCGAGGCGCCCGUGAUCUUUGCGUAUGAGCCGGUCUGGGCGAUUGGCAAGCCGCAGCCGGCGGGCGUGGAGCAUGUUGCGGCUGUCGUGGAGGGGAUCCGCGCCGUCAUUGGGAGUCGGGCUGGGCAGGUGCGGGUGCUGUAUGGGGGGAGCGCGGGGCCGGGGCUGUGGGGGCCCGGCGGGCUGGGGAAGGCCGUGGAUGGCAUGUUUCUGGGGAGGUUUGCGCAUGAGAUCGAGGGGGUGAAGAAGGUGGUGAGGGAGGUCGAAAAGACUUUGGAGGUUUCUCAAUUUUAA